GGUCGUCUUAUUGAGAGGAACAAAAAAUUAGUCCAAAAACCAGAAAAUAAGGCAGUUUUGAAGAGCACGGAAAAAAAAAACAAAAACAAAAACAAAAAUUGGGUGAGAAGGCGUUUUUCCGGGAAAAUUUGUUCCCCAAGAAAGUCUGCAUUUUUCCAAUCAGAGUUAGGCAGCGAGCGAUCUUUUAAGAGGGUUUCCGUUAUACCUAAUCCUCCGUACGUUCCUUCUCUUACUUAAUUUGUUCUUCACCAAUCUCACUCUGUUUCCCAGAUUUUCUAAAAGAUCUCUACUUUAUGAAACUUUCCAAGUGAAAACGACCUUCUUUAGCUAAAGCUCUCAGGCCAAAGCCUCAACCUUUCAUGUCGAGCUAAAGUUUUGUUUUGAUUCUUCUUCCAUUUCUGGGUUUUUGAAUGGUUUCUGAGAAUUAGGGAUUAAGAGCUUGUUUGUUUUAGGCUUUAAAGUUUUGGAUAAGCUUAUUUGUGCAAUUAGUGAUUUUUUUGGAGAUGGGAGAGUUUGAGGUAGAUGGAGAAGAGAAGUUGAUUGUUGCUGCAAAGUAUCUUGUGAAGGAGCUUAGAUCCGGGAAGAGCCUCACUAGAAAUGCUAAGAAGGUUUUGGGAAAUCUCUUAUCAGAGUUAUCUCGUGUGGUGGUCUCUGAGGAGAGAGACGAGGAAGAUGAGAUAGGUGAGAUUGAGCAAAGGCUUAAUGUUGUUAGUGAGAAGAUCAUGACUCGGGAGGUCGAUGAAACGAUGAUCUGGGACUUGGGUUCAGAUGAAGGCAAUGAGUUCUUGGAUGCUGUGAAUGAGUUGAGAGUUUUGAUUGAUCGGCUUGACGGUUCUUGUGCUAUGGGAAAGACUGGAACCGAGGAGCUCUCACUGAGAAAAGCUCAUGAUGUUCUUCAAACGGCAAUGGCGAGGCUGGAGGAUGAGUUUAAGCAUCUGCUUGUGGAGAACAGAUUACCUUUCGAGCUUGAACACGCUUCUUUCCGGUCAAGUGAAGCGGACCAUGGUGUGGAAGAAGGAUCCUUGGCUUCUUUUGGUGCUGCUUCUACUGAGGAUUUGAUUCUUGGAAGCAGCAACAGUAGGAGAAACUCAGUGGAAAUCGUGGUUGAUUUGAUUAAUCCUGAUGUUAUACCAGAUCUCAAGAACAUUGCAAACACUAUGGUUGCUUCAGGGUAUGACCGCGAGUGUAUCCAGGUAUGUACAAUGGUUAGAAAAGAAGCGCUUGACGAGUUUCUCUAUGACCACGAGGUCGAGAAGUUGAGCAUCGAAGAUGUUUUGAGGAUGGAUUGGGCUACAUUGAAUACAAAUAUCACGAGAUGGGUUCGUGUUAUGAGAAACAUCGUGCAGGCAUAUCUCGUGAGCGAGAAGUCUCUAGACAGUCAGGUCUUUGGGGACCUAAACGAGCUCGGUCUCACAUGUUUUGUCGAUACAGUGAAGGCUCCGGUGGUGCAACUGCUCAACUUUGGUGAAGCUGUGUCUCUUUGUCCACGACAACCCGAGAAACUGCUCAGGGUUCUUGAAAUGUACGAGCUAGCGUCCGAGCUUUUACCAGAGAUAGACGCGCUGUUCUCGGAUCAUCCCGGUUUAUCAGUAAGAACAGAAUACAGGGAAGUGAUGAGGAGACUCGGAGACUGCGCAAGAGCAACGUUUCUUGAAUUCAAGAUUGCCAUUGCUUCUGAUGUCUCAACGCAUCCAUACGCAGGAGGAGCUGUUCACCCACUUACAAACUGGGUAAUGAAUUACCUCACGGCUCUAACUGAUUUCAGCAAAACGCUUGACUCGCUUCUCAUGGAACACGACGAUGUAGAAGAUCUCACAAUACCGCCAUCUCCGGAUAUCAUCAACCCCUUGAUGGUCGAGGAAGAGUCUACCUACGAAAGCUCUUCUUCACCGGAUAAAUUUGUGGCGAUGAAAAGGCAUUUCUACUCCAUAACCUCGGUUCUUGAAGCCAACCUUCACGAGAAAUCAAAACUAUACAGAGACGUCUCUCUGCGACACAUAUUUCUCCUCAACAACAUACACUACAUGACCCGGAAAGUGCUAAAGUCUGAGCUGAGACAUAUCUUCGGCGACAAAUGGAACCGAAAACAUACAUGGAAGUUUCAGCAGCAAGCAACGGCGUACGAACGAGCCACCUGGCUCCCUGUCCUGUCCUUCCUCAAAGACGACGUGUCAGGCUCUGGUUCAGGCUCAGGCUCUGGUUCAGGCUCAGGCUCAGGCUCAAGAAAUUUGCGCCCGAGGGAGCGGUUUCAAGGAUUCAACGCUGCGUUUGAGGAAGUGUACAAGGCGCAAACCGGGUGGUUGAUUUCGGACGAGGGGCUAAGAGAAGAUGUGAGGACGAAGGCGUCCAUGUGGGUGAUUCAAGCGUACUGGACAUUUUACAGUAGGCACAAGAACAGUGUGAGUGAGAAGCAUAUUAAGUACAGUACUGAUGAUCUUGAGAAGCUCUUGUUGGAUCUCUUUGCUGGUUCUUCUAAAUCCUUGAACAAUUCUUACAGAAGGUGAUCAAUUCGUAGCAGUUUGUGCAAUAGUUUUGUGGGUUCAUCUGAAGUGAAUCGGAUGAUAAAAUUUUAUGUUAUUAGUAUAGACAUGUAUACAUUUGUUUCGUUUGUAUUGAAUUUAUUUGAUCUUGUAAUCUUUAUAUUCAUCAUUUCAUGAAUAUGUAACUGAAAUAAAAGAAGUUUUUUUGUUGUU